CUGCCUGCAUGUCGACCCACAGCGCUCUCCUCCUCCACACCAGAGCAGCUCCAGCCUCGUCCCUGGACCAUCCUCUGGACUAAACACAGAGCCUUCAAACUAAAUCACAACCUUGGCAGCAGAACCUGAUCGCUGGACUAAUACCAAGAACCCAACAGACAAAUCCACCAUCGGUAACAGCGAUCCAGUUCUUCUGAGACAGGGAUCCAGUGCUUCCAUCCAGAUGGCAGGUGAAGAAACAACCAUCUCAGAGCCCCAGGAGAGCCGGGCUGUGGAGAAGCAGACUGAGGGGGAGCCAGAGAGCCCCUCAGGGUCCCCCCUCCCGGAGACCAGCCCAGCCCGCUCCCAGCUGGAGUGGGAUGUCCCCUUGUCCGUCCCCCUGCCCAUCGAGGUGCUGUCAGCUGACCAGCCCUUCCCCUUCCUGGACACCACCCUGGCCGACCUGGGCAUCCAGGAGUCGGCAGUGAAGGAGAAGGUGGUGUGGGUUGACACCAAGAAGACACAGGUGAAGAACAAGGCAGGGAAGCUGAAGGAGAGAGAGGUGACCAUCCUGGAGGUGCGUGUGACGGCCCAGAACCCAGGAGACAAGCAGACCCAGCAGGUUCUGUACAGCACCGAGUCCCACACUGACCGCUCCUUCUGCCGCACCGGAGUGGACAUCCUGCCCUGGAUACACUCACACACGGAGGAGAACGAGCUAAAGCCUAUCGAGAUGACCAUGGCUCUGGAGGUUGAAACUCAACAGCCAGAAUCAGAUGCGGCCCGGGAGGUGUGAUGGAGCUGGGAGGUGUGAUGGAGCCGGGAGGUGUGAUGGAGACGGCUCGCCAUCUUGGUCAGCUGAGCAAUCACAUCUGAACGUGGUUAAACCCGGAGAGUCAGACCUGUUCUCAGGCUAAAGCUUGGCAGACUGCUUCCAGCUACACUCCCUCAGAUGAUAGUGUUCUGAGGCCAUGACUAUAGUUUUAUUUUCUUUAAAAAUAAUUAUCUGUGUAAACUGUUUACUGUAUAUUGUUUUAGUACAUUUUUAACACCAAUGAAAUUUAUGGCGGUAAUUUGCAUCUUCUAAGAAAGUUAGAAGUGCUGGAAGCAUGGCAGAAUGUGGAGGUGACUAAGGUAGUAGUCUGCUGGUAACAUGAAAGAAGAAAGAAUUAAUAACAACAUCAGAGAUAUUUGUAACUGUUUUGAAGCUUGGCAAAAGCUUUAAGGCAAUGAGUGCAGAGUGAACUGCUAUGCAAAUUGAGACUGACCAUAAAAAUAAAGGCUUUUUUCC